UUGUUUAAGGAUUGCCCGAAUGGCUACCACUGUGCGGAGAACAAUAUUUGUUGCGGUUCACCGGGCGCUUGUCCCGACAACAAUCAACCUACGCAGGAUAAGUUCGGUCGUCUAACCGCUUGCACUUCUCGAAAUGGCAAUACGUGCCCAGCUGGAUCACAGUGUAUGGCCACAAACAUUUUCUCUCAGCGGCUCUGUUGCGAACAGAUAGAAUACACCUGUCCUGGAUACUCGGUACCCUAUCCGAGUUCACGAUUCCCCCAGAAAUGCAAUCUGGGAGAGCCGUGGCAAUGUGGUGAUAAGCAGUGUAUGCCAAGGCAUAUUCCUAACGUCACGUUCGCCUGUCAGUCAACAAUCAUACGCCAGCGAGAGGUAAACCCAUGUCCAAAUGGCUGGUCACCAAAUGGUGGUGUAAUUACGAUAUGA